AUGACAUCUAGUUUUUACGACACAAAGAAGCAAAUAACGGGGCUUGGGUUACCAUCAAAGAGGAUUGAUUGUUGCAUUAAUGGAUGUAUGAUCUACUGGGGUCAUUCUGCUAAUGCAAGACGUUGUCGUACGUGUUCGACAACAAGGUGGGUCAGAGAAGAUGUUGGAAAUAGACGAAUUCCAAUGAAACAAUUUAUAUAUCUUCUGAUAGGUCAACGCUUACAACGGUUGUAUGUGUCUCGAGUUACGGCCGAAUUUGCUGCUGAGAUUAGAAAUGUUAGGUUUGGUUUGUGUACAGACGGAUUCAACCCUUUUGGAAGCUCAGGAAGGCAGUAUUCGUCGUGGCCAGUGAUUCUAACACCUUACAAUAUCCCUCCGUGGAUGUGCAUGAAAACACCAUACAUGUUCUUGAUAGUCAUUGCGCCAAGGCCUAAUAAUCCUAAGCAGAACAUCGAUAUUUACCUACAAUCUUUGAUUAAGGAGCUUAAGAUGUUGUGGAAAGACGACAUCUUGACCUAUGAUGUGUACACGGGUCAGAACUUUUGUCUUAAAGUGGCAUUGAUGUGGACAAUCAUUGACUUUCCGGCAUAUUCAAUGUUAUCUGGAUGGAGUACUCACGGUAAAAAUGCAUGUCUUUAUUGCAUGUCUGAUUCAAAGGCCUUUUAUCCGAGACACAGUAGGAAGAUGUGUUGGUUUGACUGUCAUCGUAUGUUUUUGCCUUACCGUCCUCCGUUCAGAAGGGACAAGGUUAAUUUCAUGGCAAGGGUUCAAGAGGAGGGUCAUGCCCCACAUAUUCGCACCGGUGUUGAGUUACUUGCGGAGCUUAAUAUGUCUGGGAUGAAGAAAGUAUAUGAGGAUGGUGCAUGCGAAUAUAACGACACUUAUGGUCCGUGGACUGGGGGUGGAAAAAGAGAAGUCCACGAUUGUCACGUUUUCAUGCAACGCUUAUUUCCAAUUGCUUUUCAUGAGCUGAUCCCUGUACCUGUUUGGGAGGCUCUAACUGAGUUAAGCUUGUUUUUCAAAAUGAUAACUUCUCCAAAAUUCAAAACGUCAGACAUGAUGAAAUUAGAGUCUGAAAUACCAGUUAUACUGUGCAAAUUGGAGAAGAUCUUCCCCCCAUCAUUCUUUGAUUGCAUGGAGCAUUUACCCGUCCAUUUACCAUAUGAGACAAGAAUAGCUGAACCCGUUCAAUAUAGGAGGAUGUACCCAUUCGAAAGGUACUUACGACAUCUGAAACUCAAUGUUGGAAACAAAGCCCAUGUUGAAGCGUCAAUGUGCAAUCAAUAUCUUACUGAAGAAGCUUCACAUUAUGUAUCUCAUUACUUCGAGCUAGAGGUACGAUGUAGAUAUAGAGACCUCCUUAUGCACGAUGACGGCGGUGACAAUAAUGAUAGAUCAGGUGUUCUUUUAAUUUUCACUCACCCUGUCAGAUUUCAUGGGAGGGGUAAAACUAAAUUGUUAGAUCCCAAUGAUCUUGAAAUUGGACAUCGAAAUAUUCUGAUGAAUUGUCCUGAGGUUGAACCCUAUCUAAGAAGGUUCACAAGUCAGCUACAUUCUGCUGUGCCUGCUUCCAUGCCACGUCACCAGUUUGAUGCUUUACUCGAAGAGCUUUUGCCGUUUCGCACAAACAAACAUGCUACGACAAAAGCUGCAGACAAUAGUGGAGUUUGUGUUAAAGCAACCGAUGAUAGUCAAGACGGAGAUGACUUCUAUGGUCGGCUUGAAGAGAUUAUAGAGCUUGAAUAUCUAGCAAUGCCAAUCAAGAGAGAGUUUAAGGCCAAAAGAUCUCGUGGGAAGAGUAACAGGCGCAAAGAGGACUCUAGUGCGCCACCUUUGCCUACCUAUCGUGGUGGCCCGUAUUCUGCCGUCGAGGAAUCUGGCAACGUACAGCCUACUUCUUAUAGGUUGUUGUUACGAACCAAAGGAGUACGUGACUCGGAUGGCCAGCGUGUCCUAAUCACCGAAUACGACAAAAAAGUUAAAAAGCACUACCGCAAAUUAGAAGCAGAAGCAAUAAGAAUGUGCGAAGAACCUGAUUACUCUAAAAUUUAUGUAGAGGCGAUAAUUGGGGUAAAUAAAAAUACUACCAUCCUAAUCUGUUUGAGAACCGUUUCACCCCUCGAGAGGAGCGCACUACUUAAGAUGAAAUGA